AUGGUGUGCUCCACACGACCACUCCUCAACCAAGUUGAAAUGGAAGAAGUUGCACUGAGAAGCAUUAAUAAGCUAUGGUUUCUACAAUGCCCAGAAUUGAAGUGCCUCCCUCAUGGCAUUGAGUAUCUUAAGGCCCUAGAGCAAUUACGAUUGGUAGAUGCUGCAGAUGAGCUUAUAGAAAUGCUUGAGCAGGAAUGUGACGCAAAUGAAGAACUUAUAAAGAUUAGUCACAUCAGAAUGGUUACUGUUGAAUCAACCGAGGAUAAUUUUUGGCGAAGAAUUAUUGUCCCCAUAAGAGUAAAUGGAUUAGCUGGUUGA